AUGCUAUUCAAACAGCAGGCGUUGCUGAGACAGAAGCUCUUUGUGCUGGGAAGUCUUGCUAUUGGAAGUCUCCUAUAUCUAGUUGCCAGAGUUGGGAGCUUGGAUAGACUGCAGCCCAUUUGCCCAAUUGAAGGUCGAUUUGGAGCCCGCAGUCAGGCUGAGAUCCCACUCCGGGCACUGCAAUUCAAGCGUGGCCUUCUCCACGAGUUCCGGAAGGGCAACGCCACCAAGGAGCAGAUUCGACUCCACAAUCUGGUCCAGCAGCUCCCCAAAGCUAUCAUCAUUGGGGUGAGGAAAGGAGGCACCAGAGCCCUACUUGAGAUGCUGAAUCUCCAUCCUGCUGUGGUCAAAGCCUCCCAGGAAAUCCACUUUUUUGAUAAUGAUGAGAAUUAUGCCAAGGGCAUCGAGUGGUACAGGAAGAAAAUGCCAUUUUCCUACCCUCAGCAAAUCACCAUUGAGAAGAGUCCUGCCUAUUUUAUCACAGAGGAGGUACCAGAAAGGAUUUACAAAAUGAACUCAUCCAUCAAGUUGCUGAUCAUUGUCAGGGAACCCACAACAAGAGCUAUUUCUGAUUAUACUCAGGUGCUAGAGGGGAAAGAGAGGAAGAACAAAACCUACUACAAAUUUGAAAAGCUGGCAAUAGACUCUAAUACCUGUGAGGUGAACACUAAGUAUAAGGCUGUGAGGACCAGCAUCUAUACAAAACAUCUGGAGAGGUGGCUUAAAUACUUUCCUAUUGAGCAGUUUCACGUAGUAGAUGGAGAUCGGCUCAUUACAGAACCACUGCCAGAACUCCAGUUAGUGGAGAAAUUCCUCAACCUUCCUCCCAGGAUCAGUCAAUACAAUUUAUACUUCAAUGCUACGAGAGGGUUUUACUGUCUGCGGUUUAACAUUGUCUUUAACAAGUGCCUGGCAGGCAGCAAGGGACGCAUCCAUCCGGAGGUAGAUCCCUCUGUAAUUACCAAAUUGCGCAAAUUCUUUCACCCUUUCAAUCAAAAAUUUUACCAGAUCACUGGGAGGACAUUGAACUGGCCCUAA